AAUAUAUAUAUAUACACACACACACACACAUAUAUAUAUAGAGAGAGAAGCCCAACCACUUUCCCGAGAAUUACCUGCGGCUUCAUGACUCUGGACUCGAUCAUGGCGUGUUGCCUGAGCGAGGAGGCGAAGGAGUCCAAACGGAUCAACGCCGAGAUCGAGAGGCAGUUGCGCAGAGACAAGCGGGACGCACGCAGGGAGCUCAAGCUGCUGCUCCUAGGUACUGGAGAAAGUGGCAAGAGCACAUUCAUCAAGCAAAUGCGGAUCAUUCAUGGAAGUGGAUAUUCAGAUGAGGACAAGCGGGGCUUUACAAAGCUGGUCUACCAGAAUAUAUUCACUGCCAUGCAGUCCAUGAUAAGAGCAGCAGAUACCCUUAAAAUACAAUUCAAAUAUGAGCAAAACAAGCCCAAUGCUCAAUUGCUUCGGGAGAUUGAUGUAGAAAAAGUAUCAUCAUUUGAAAGUAUAUAUGUAGUUGCAAUAAAGUCUCUAUGGAGUGAUCCAGGGAUACAAGAAUGCUACGACCGAAGGCGAGAAUAUCAGUUGUCGGAUUCUGCAAAAUACUAUCUUAGUGAUUUGGAUCGUAUAUCGGAACCUGCCUAUCUACCAACUCAACAGGAUGUCCUUCGAGUUCGAAUCCCAACAACAGGGAUCAUUGAAUACCCCUUUGACUUACAAAGCAUCAUCUUCAGAAUGGUGGAUGUUGGAGGGCAGCGAUCCGAGAGAAGAAAAUGGAUCCAUUGCUUUGAAAACGUGACAUCCAUCAUGUUUUUAGUAGCUCUUAGUGAAUACGAUCAGGUUCUAGUGGAAUCUGAUAACGAGAAUCGAAUGGAGGAGAGCAAAGCACUAUUUAGGACGAUAAUUACAUAUCCCUGGUUCCAGAACUCCUCCGUCAUCCUGUUCUUAAAUAAGAAGGAUCUGCUGGAAGAAAAGAUUAUGUAUUCCCAUUUGGUUGACUACUUUCCAGAGUUUGAUGGUCCACAGAGGGAUGCACAAGCUGCCAGAGAAUUCAUUCUGAAGAUGUUCGUAGACCUGAACCCAGACAGUGACAAAAUCAUCUACUCUCACUUCACAUGUGCAACAGACACAGAGAACAUACGGUUUGUCUUUGCGGCUGUCAAAGAUACAAUCCUACAACUCAAUCUGAAGGAGUACAACCUGGUCUGAUCUAGCCUAGGCACAAAAAAAACAAAAGGAGAAAUGAAAAUUUAAACUUUAAUGACCGCAAAUUGUUAUGAUCUGUGAAGUUUGCAAACUGCUAAUUGUCAUCCUGGAUUCUUGUCUGUGUGUGUGUGCGCACAGAGUUGUAGCUUCUUUCAAAACAACAAUGGUUUUAUUCAACAGUGCUGAGGUGGGGGCGAGGGGGCGACAUUUUUAAUGUGCAUCUUUUUCGGUGCCAAUCUACAUUUCCAUUAUUUUUUUCCCCAAACGUCACUUAAUGACUAGCUGUAUAACAGAUAGUUAGUUUGGACUACGAUCUCUUAAUGCUUGUACAAAUGAAGAAUAGCAAGUGUUCUUCCACUUACCAAAAUAUAAUACCAUCCUGUCAAUGUGCUCUCUUUGUUCAUGCUGGCCUUCUGCUGUCUGCUCUCAGAUCUGUUCUGUGGUGCACAGUGGUGAUUGUUUUCGGAUGUUGUCUUGACAGAAACCAAGCCAUUACUUGCAUUAUUGAUGUACUGUUUCUGGUUUUUUUUUGUGUUCUGUUUUCCUGAUCAAUGAGAAAAGUAUUGAUACUGUGAUUUUUAUUUUUAUUUUUUGAUUUUUUAAAAUAAAUUAUUGACGUUAUACAUAGUUUGCUACUUGCUGUACUUCAGCCGUGAACUACAAAGAGGGGAGCUCAUCAAGCAAUAGAGAGUUGAGUGAAUAUCAUGGGAAGGGGAGUUGCUCAAGUAUUUAGGAACCUGAGAUGUGGAAAUAAUGAUUACUUGGCAAACAAAUGAAGCCGAAUCUAGCAUAAAGAAAUGAGUGUAUUUAUCUAAUUUAUGGACCAGUACCUAAGUUUGAUUUCAGAUGAGAAUUUGUAUGUACCAGUUUGUUUUACAGAUAUUCAACUGUUGCCAAACUUUGAUUUUGUUUUAACUGCUGUACACUACAGUGGCAAGUUAUGCACGUUUUUUUUUAUUCAUGACUUGCUAAACUUAAGUUGAGAGUUGGUUCAUUUGUACUUACUUUAAUCUGAUGUGAGUGAGAGAGGGGGUUUAAACCUGGCCGUUUGUAUUGGAAGGAUAGUUUUAUUGCAGUCAGGUACUUUUACAGAUUUUUUUUUAUAUAUUUGUGGGUAUGAUGUCAGGCCUGUUAGAAAAGAAAAGGUCAGUCUAUGUUUAUAAGAAUGCAGGUGCCAAGAAAGUUGCACUAUACAAUCUAGUUUGUGUGAUUUCUCAGUACAAAGAUAUAAAGGUGGCUUUUUAUAAGUGCUGCACAGUGCCAUAAGUAUACUGUACCUUAUGUUUCAAACUUCCAGCUUCAACAAAUUCAUAGGAGGACAGCUUAGGGUGAGGUUCACAUCAGCCUUUCCUGUAAAGAUGCUUUAUCUCACCCACCCACUCGUUGUGAUAUUGCAGGAGGGAAGGAGGCAAGUUCAAGAGUAGGUUUGUAUGUUGGAAUUUGUUUCUGCAUUCAAGGCAUCAUGUUCGUCUGCUCAAAUUGGGAGCGUAGUCAUUCAUACAGGCCUGACUUCCCUUGUUAUCUCCGUAGCUGUUAAGGACUUGGCCAGCAGAAGGCGCCCUGUAGCUUGCUCUGGGCACCUUCCAACUCAAGGGCUCCAUAAUCAUUCUUGAUUCAUUGCGAAUGGAUCCUCCCUGUGGACUGACUGGUGUAGAUUAGACCAGUCCAGCAUUUGGGUUACAGCAAACAGCAGUUUUCCUACUGCACCAGGUUAUUAACCUCUGAUCUUGUUGAAAUGAGUUUGAAUGAAAAGUUGACUUGCUGAAACAUCUCUGACUGGUUUAAAGUUUCACAAGCUAACAUUUGCUAUUGUGGUUUCUAAUGGUGGGAGGGUACUAUUACACUGCCAUUUCAGAACAAAGUCAUCUUCGUUGGAUUGUUAGUACUCAAACUUGGUCGACAGUGGAUUUCGUCAAUCGUGAAGUUGUGUUGUGAUGAAGAUGAGUCAUGGCAUAAAAGGCACCUCUUAUUCACAGAUAGAUAGGUUUCCUCUUGGUGACACAGUAGUCUGUCUAUGUUAACUAAAAGCAAGAUUUCAAUUAAAUUAGAUUCUACGUGUUGAGGAUUUGAUUGGCAGAUGCUGGUUCAAACUUGCAGCAGCAAAGAGUUUCUUCAGUAUCAGAAAAUUAAAAUGAAAUUAAUAUAAUUGAAUCCCCAAAUCCAAUGGUACACUGAAAUAUAGACUUUUUGUGUUCUUUUGUUAGCAGCAGUAUAAUCUCUUAAAUUUCAUGGAAUAUAAUUACAGCCACCUUUUCUGAAAAGGGGGUUUGUAAAAUUGGUUGUUCAGAAGUAUUGCCUUAUCUGUGUAAAGAAUGAGGGUAGCAUGGAAUUAAUACUCGUGCAGUUAACUCCUGUAUUGAUGCCCUUUGGGCAAAGGUUUUUAAGUAAGUUGUACACUCCAAAGCAAAUGUUUAAAGGGGUUUGUAAUUGUGGCAGCUCAUUUCACCAGUCUGUGUUUGACUUCAUUUAGAAUGCCUUCAUUGUCGGGUAAAGCUGAUUAAUUGAACGGAGGAGAACUUUGAGUAAGUUUUGCGAAGAUUUUUGAAUUUGUUUUGUUCUCUCGGCUUCCCUAGGCUGUUGUUGCGACCUGUUAAAUGUUCUAUACACUACAAACCAUUAGGAAAACACUCCAGCCAUUCCCCUCCAGUCCUGAUGAUCGCCAAAACAAUCUUGAAUUGGGGUGGGGGGUAUAUCUGUGAUAAAUACCCUGGCAAUGAGGUAAGCAGAGUGCCUUACCGAAUCCUGAAGUGAAUUACAAUGCACAGGUUUAAGUUUUACCUUAGGGCUGCAGCAAAAGUUAUCAGCCAUUGAUCCUCUCUCUUCCCCUACCCCCACUUACAGUGUCUCACUUCUGAUAAGAAUUUUUGCUUCACAACCAAUGAAAGAAAAUGCCUUUGUAAUUGCAGGUCAGGACCAAAAUGUCACAAGUUUUUUUUAGUUAAAAAUAAAAGAGUUACAGCUUCCAGUAAGGUUAAAAAAAACAGAUCCAGCAACACUGAAUGUUGUUUCCAGGUUAACAAGGCGUUGAACGCAAUGCCUCAAAGGAAUCAUUUUGUGGAGCAACUCUUUGCUUACACUGCAUACGAGCAAUAUGAAAGCUUUCCCUCGGUUGUAAAUAAAGCUGCUGUGAAUAAUCGCAACAAUUAGGGACAUGUCCUCAAGUAGGAAUACUGUGUAAGCCUUUCCCACGAGUUUCCGACGUGUUGUCUCAAGCCACAAUCGGUCUUCAGCUAAAGUUAUUCCAGAGAAAGAUGUAAUUUACAGUGCUACUUAGAAACUACUGCUUUCCUCAAAGAUAAUUGAUAAACCAGUUUCAAGAGUCCAAAAGCUCGCAGAUAAGUGGGGCUUUGCAGAAGCAGAUGGUGAGUAGUGGCAUUGUGCUCACAAUUGGACUUGUUGCAAGUUUCGAGCAUUGUUGGUGGGUGUCUCUUGGCGAGAGAUUGUGGUUUUGGCCAAGCUGAAGCAGUUAUCAUGGUGAGACAUGAGAGCUAGAGAGAUUCUGGAAACCAAAUUGUUCAGAUGUGCCAUUUCAGUCACUAAUCCUAACACUAUUUUUAAUGCUAAUUAUAUCCUCCCAACUAUUUAAGACACUAAGUGAUUUUAUGCUGUUAACUGUUGGAAAUCUUUUGGAUGCAUGAUUCUGAUCAGUGGUUAUCUAUUCCCCCCCUCAACCCACCCUCCCCUUCGCCUCCACCCCACAUCCCCUUGAAAACUGACUACGUUUUUAAUCCUGGAGUCUGUUUACACUGGUAGUGAUGUGCUGGUUUAUUGCAGGACCUUGUAGUAUUUCAAUCUCAACACAUUACUCUUUAGCCACAUUAGCCAGUCAAAGACUAUGAAUGUUAUACUGAAGUGCACAUGGCGACCAACACCAUCCAGCGUAUUCGAGUGUAAACAAAGCACCGAUUAUUUUUCAGGAGCAAGAUAAAAGUCUAGUCUGAUUUGACUUUGAAGCUGAUCUAUCUGCCUGUGUAAAUAAGAUUUUGAUUCACUUUAAAUACCCUUUGCCAUCCAAGUUGAGUUUCCCAAAAAUAAACGGUGGUUUCUCUAUCCUCUGGAGUAAAGGCGAUAAACACACUACAAUUCAACUUUUAAUAGAUACUGGGUGAACCAUAUCUUGCCCUGGGCUUUGUGCAGUGUCCAGUAUGUUUCGCACACUUGUGUUGACGGAAACGUGGAUCUGUAAUCUGAAACUUUUACACAAUCCAUAGCAUCGGGACUCCAAUUUACACAAACACUUUUUGCACAUUUUUUUGUGAAUGUGGGUCCCGGAGCAGGGAGAGAAAUAAAUUUACCAAAUGAUGAUGGUGGUAGGUUAGUUCUAACUUUUACCCAGAGUUGCAAAAAAUGUAUAAAAUAUAUGUAACGUAUGCUUGCUUGAUAUAGGAAAGUGAAAAAAAAAAUGGGAAUUGCCUCUUUGUAUUGUAUUUUAACCAGGGGACCAAGCUUUUGUCAGGAAUCCUAUUUUAUUUUUUGAUUUGUAUCCUUGUGGAGGACUCGAAAAGCUUCUUGAUUUUAUUGGUAUUUGCGUAAUAGCGAUUGCAUUGAUGUAGUGACCUUCCUGGCUAUCUGUUCUACAGUAUUGAAACCUGCCUAGGCAAUUUUUCCACAUAGCUUGAACUUUCACGAGCUUCUGUCCUGUAAAUAUUCUCAGAAUGGAGAAGGAAAUUUGGGUUGUGUGCGAGUUGUGAGUAAUGAGCUGAAUCUAGCAAGGUCAAAUAUUGCUGCAUCUUUGAUAUCCUAGUGUGAGCAGUAGAAGAGGGUUUGUCCUAUUUAUGUAAAAUCUGGGAGAUGUGCAAGUCGGCUAAUCAUUUGUACGACCUGGGGAUAGGUUUCUAAAGACAUCUAUCUGCGAUCCUUUUCUAGGACUGUAAAAUAUGGGGGAACAAGUUGAGCUUUGUGUACUUGUAUGCUCCGUUUGUAGGAGUACAAUGCUGCCCUAGAUUUUGCUGGAGUUUUAAUCAAAAGGCGCGACUGUAAAAUAGAGAUGAGAUUCAUAAACCAUAUUUUAUGAUACCUUCUCCAGAAUUAUUGGGCUAUAACAUUAUUACGAAAACGAUUUGCUCUUCAUCUAAAUUACCUCAUCACUGAAUUAAUUAUAUCGUCAGGAAACAAUAAAAAUUAGUUUGGCAACGAAAAUCCUAUUCUUAAAAUGCCUUUUUUAAAAUAACUAGAAUGUCUGGCCCUAAGCCCAAAGUAUCAGCGACUUGCACAAGUGUUUUUUUUAAGGAAAGAUAAGCGGAUUAUCUCGAUUUGAUAUUUGCACCUAAAUGAAUCCAACAUCCAUUCCUUCACAUCUCCUAAACUUGAGGGUAAAAAGUUGCAUUGACUGUUUUACUUUCCAAGCAAGCGAAUAAAGUCAUAGAAAGCUUGCGUUUGUCUUCUGUCCCUGAAAUGUUUCCAAAUUUUCCGGUACAGCUCAUGGGGUGGGGGGGAGUGGGGUGGGGGGUGUGAUGAAUUUCAGGCAGGGGAGAGGGUGGGAGCAACCAAUCCAGAAUAAUAAUUGCUCAGACACAGUCAGGACUUGUAUGGCUUGACGUGCUGGGUUAUUAGAAUCCUUAAGAUGUAAGCAAGGUACUGAGAGAGCAUCAUGUGGAAAAAUGAGCCUAUCCAGUAGGUGGAAGCAAAGUAUUUUGAGCUGAACAGUCAUCCUGAGCUUUAGUAAGAUUGUGUGUAGAAUGAAUAUUAUACCUCUGUAGCUGUCCUGCCUUCAUGCCAAGUUCAGCAAUGGGUCUGGGAUGGUAACAUUUCAGCGUCCAUUUGGGAUAAUCAAAGUUCAUAUUUUGUCUUGUACUUAUGCUUGUAACCUUUUGAAGAAACCUGAAGCAUGGCAGUCAUCCACAGUGGUGUGUUAUUGAACUCAAAUAUGUAUUACUGAUCUUUCACUGAUUUUUUUUUUAAAAAAAAGGUAAACCAAAUGUAAAUUAUGUAGAAUAAUGAAUUAAAAGUGUGCCAAGUCCAUUCUUUGUAGUGCCAGACUCUCUACAAGUGCCAAUGUGGUGGAAAUUUAGGUUGGACUUGUAUCUUAGGUCCUGAUAAGAGGAAACUUUCAACUAUUUAAGAGCUAUAACUGCUGUUUUUAAAAUUGUCAUUUUAUUGCAUGUAUUGUUGUUUGGGAGGGGCAUAGUUUUUGAAAAAGAGAAAAAAAAUCUUGUAUAAUAAUUCAUCCACAAAAGGGUCUUACUGGUUAUUAAUAGUAUUUUUCGGCCAUAAUUUUGUAAUAGUUUCAUUUGAACUCUGUUGCUUGGACCCUCAUGGAGACAUGGACUUGAUUUUCAUAUCCUUAUCCUGAAAUUCUCUGUUUGAAAUUGGAAUAAAAUUUGUUCCUAUA